GAUAACAAAUCAAACAAAAGUGUUUUUGAAAUUACUUUUGAAGAGUCAGUGCCGAUAGGGUCAGGAGGUUUCGGCGAAGUGUAUAAAGUGAGGCAUAUUGUAGAGAAAGAGGUGUACGCGGUUAAGAUUGUAAAGUUCCUUGAGACAUAUAGUGAAGAUAAACGACAGGCAAUACUAAAAGAGGUCCAAAAUUUAGUGAAACUGCGGUCAGAAUAUGUGGUGAAUUACCGCAACUCGUGGUUAGAAGACAAUCAUCUUUACAUUCAAAUGGAUUUUUACACUCAAACACUUCAGACAAUUCUCGACACAAAACCCAUUAUCUUUAGGAGAGAACCGGAAGACCCGAUGGAAGUCAUCGAGUAUUUUAUUUGUUGUGAAAUAUUUAGAGAACUUUUAGAAAGUGUACAGUAUUUACACGAAUUGUGUUCACCGGUUAUCCAUCGGGACCUCAAACCACAGAAUGUAAUGAUAGACCAAAACAAUAAUAACAAUCAUUUUAUAAAACUGUGUGAUUUUGGUUUGGCUACCGAUCACAUGAACACAUCCAUUGGCCACACCUCUAAUGUGGGAACCCAUGCAUAUAUGGCACCCGAAUUACAUCAGCGCCGGUAUAACAAUAAGGUAGACAUCUAUAGCCUGGGAGUGAUUGCAAUAAAUUUGUUUGAGUUAUUCGAUAGCGAAUGCCAUCCAAUCGACCGACUAGUGGUCGAGUACUCGACGAUUACAACUACU